GCGUUCAAGGUAUAGGAUUCACGACUCUUAGACCAUACACUCGUCGUGGUUUUUCGAUGAAUUCUGCUAUGUCCACUCGAAUAAUAUAUGAACCUGAGGGAGAACAAGCUCGUGUGGUGUCUGAUUGGGCUAAUCUCUUCCACCAGAGGUUAGUAGAUAGACAAGCAAGAGUCUUAGAUGUAAGGUACCCAAGUGAAAACAAAAAAAUUGUUUCCAUUGCUGAACUAAAGCAGAAAAAGCCAAGUAACACCUUGCAAGAAGAAACUUUAUGGAUUGAAGUGACUAUUCAGGAUGCUGAAUUAGAAAAAGUGAAUGCAUAUACGGGCUGCUCAAACUGCUGCAAGCGCACCAACCUUCCAUUGCAGAAGCGCUAUUCUUGCUCUUCUUGUUUGAACAAAGAAUGCAUCUGCACUAAAAGAAUUACGUUCAAAUUUGAAGCUAGCGACACCACAGGAACUAUGGCAUUCACCACUUUCAACGAUGAUACAGAAAGAUUAUUCAGGAAAACUGCAGCUGAAAUUUAUGCCAUUAAAGAAUCGGAUGAUCACAACGCAUUCAAGACCAUUCAAGACUUACUCAGCAGCACACCGUUCUAUAUUAAAGUUGGACCUACUUGGCACUUGGGUCAGAACAAUGUUCUGGAGUUAUCCUCACACCCAAGAAGCUGAGCAACUAUCUGCUGGUUACUUCAGCCAAGAAAAAGAUGCAAGUGAAAAGGUUCCAGAGAACACUAUUGAGUCAGCAAAGUAUUGAAUCACUUAAGCGCAAGAAAUCCUUAGGAAAAAGUCCUAUGGAAUUUGAAAGUGAAGAAAGCGAAUCCCAAGUGCCACUAUCACAAGUCGGGGCGAAAAAGAAACUUUGCUUUGGUGGAAUGACUACGAAGAAGGACACUGCAGGUCAAAAUCCUACAAUACCUUUGGCAAAGGAUCGUGUUGAAGAUGUAGCUGAGCCUCUGUGAUCUGAGCACAGGCAAACCACACCAAUUAUUGUGAAGACUGAAAAGGUUAACAAGCCAUCUGUUGAAUCUGCCACCAAGGAAAAGUAGUCCCUGAACUACUAAGAAACUAUAUAUGCUGCUAAUGAAGUAUUGAAGAUUAUCUACUUAAGGUGCACUACUUGAAAAUCUUUUGCAUAUUAAAUCUUUUGCUAGACUUUAAGUAUAUGGGCAACUAUAAGAACUUCGCUUUCGCUGGGACAGUAUAUCAGCAUAUUAUGAUAAGGACAAUAGAUAGUUGCCGAAAAAUUUUAUAAAAGCUCCAGCAUCGUGUAGUACUAAACUUCAUUUUAUCUCCAGAAUUUCAUGUAUAUAGGAAUUAGAUGCUGUGGAGAGAAAUCUUUUGAGGAGUUUUCCAGGAACAAUAGCAAUAGUUAAUGUUCCUGGAAAACACCAUACUAGGACUAUAUUCUAAUGUACUGCUAAAUUAAUGUGCAUGUUAAAAUAUAUCUAUAAAAAAUAUAUUAGUUUAUGUA